GAAAAAUUGUUAAAAUCUAGAAGAAUCAUCCACGGCUGAAGCAAAGUUUUCAGAGGAAUCGAUUGUUAAGGAGUGUAGACUGAAGAUGGCAGGAAGAGAAGUUCGUGAAUACACAAAUCUCAGUGACCCAAAAGAUAAGAAGUGGGGUAAAGGCAAGGAUAAGAUUGACGAUGAAGACAUCACCUUUCAACGAAUGGUUGCCAAGAUGCAAGAGGUUGCUGGAGAACGUGGUGGCUAUCUUCAUGGCCGAGGCGGUAAACCCUUUUGACCUUUUUCGUUAUUCCAUGUGCUCUACUGUUUGUAGAGUUGUUUUAAGUAUGGUGUGUUUGAGGUUUGUUUAUGCAGCCUUGGACAGUGAUGAUUUGCUCUAUCUUAAGGAGCAGAUGGAAGCUGAGGAAGAUGCUGAACGUCUCCUAAGGCGUACUGAGAAACGAGCUUUUGCUGCUUUUAAGAAAGCUGCAAGUUUGGCUGAUUCUUCACCUGCAUCUGUUCCCUUGUCACUUCGUGUUGAGCCCAAGCCAAAGAGCGGAAUUAGACAACAUGAUUUGCUGAAAAAGGUAGUUGAGGUUAAACCGAAGAGACCAAGAGUUUCUAGCCCAUUGGUUGGUAAUCAGUCGAGCCUUGUUUCAAGUAACUCCGCAUCAAAAAAUUUAAGGUCUGAGGUUGACCAGAAGCAUGGUGGAGAGCGAACUUCACCCAUGUCAAACAAACCAGAAACGCAGACGGAGGUGGAAAAUCCUGUGAAGAGCUUACUAGGCUUAGCAUAUGCGAGUUCUGAUGAUGAGGACUAACUGUAGAAAUAAGGGUUAUGUGUUUAAAGCAAGAGUAAUUCAUUCAUUGUUAUGUAACAGACAACUGUUUCAUUGUUACAUGCUUUGGUUAUUACUUAUUAGAACAACACAUACAUUGUCUAAACAUAACUAAUUUAUGGUGAGUUGUGUUUGACAAAUCUGAGUAGAUAUGAAAAUCUUAUCAAGU